CAUCGAAGGUUAUACGGGUGAUCUAAUACCUUGGUCUAAUUGGUUAUUAGCCAAGAUCGUCAAACUACAUUUCGCGCAGAUCAAUUUGUUAUGAAUUAUUCUUAAAUUAAUCUACGAACUGUUGGCUUUCUAGGGUUAUUUGUGCGUUGACUGUCGGUGGAAGUGCAAUAAAGUUCUGACCACGUGAAUUUGGAAACGUUUAACACUCUUAUUUUUCUUCGACAAUGACGCUAGUCUUACCAACCCCCGAACAAAGAAUUUUCAUCUGGAAAGAGCUAAACGAAGACGUCAAAACCAGAGACAAAGACUUAGAACACAUAAAAGAAUGGCUUCUGAAACAACCGCACCUUCCAGACACCUGGGACGACCAACGACUGUUGAGCUUCCUCAGAGGUUGCAACUUCUCCCUGGAGAAGACCAAGAAGAAGUUAGACAUGUACUUUACCAUGAGAGCAGCCCUGCCUGAAUUCUUCACCAAUAGGGACGUGACCAGGCCGGAGCUGAAAGCCAUCACCAAACUGGGGCAGGGCCCACCGUUGCCCGGUUUAACACCGGGGGGUCGUAGGGUUACAAUCAUCAGGGGGUUCGAUAAGAAUAUAGAGACGCCCAAUAUAGCCGAUAUCAUGAAGUUGGCCUUGAUGCUCGGGGAUAUCAGGAUGGAGGUGGAAAAAUAUGGCGUUGCCGGGGAUAUUUACAUAUUGGACGCCAGUGUUUUAACAGCUGGACACUUCGCCAGAGCUGCCAACCCGAUUUUAGCUAAAAAGUUUUUGGUUUGCGUACAGGAAGCUUACCCGGUCAAAGUGAAGGAAGUUCAUAUAGUAAACGCUAGUCCACUGGUGGACACGGUAGUCAAUUGGGUCAAACCCUUCGUUAAGGAAAAACUCAGGAAAAGGGUGCAUUCCCACACUUCUCUAGAAACCCUUUACAAAUUCGUCCCCAAGGACGUCUUACCAGAAGAAUAUGGUGGAUACGCUGGGACACUAGCGGAAUAUAACGAAAAUUGGAUCAAGAAACUCGAGGAAUACACCCCUUGGUUCAAGGAGCAGGAGAAGGUGAAAGCUGACGAGUCCAGGAGGCCAGGUAAACCCACCAAUUACAACGAUCUGUUCGGGUUGGAGGGCAGCUUUAAACAGUUGAGCAUCGACUGAAAUUUGUGAUACUGACGUUACUUCGAUUUCUUUCUCGUUAAAAUAGUUUUGAAAAUUUUUUCGACCUUUAACAGAUCGUUUUCUUGUGGAAGAAUUUGAAACUGAAAUAAGCUUGUUUAUUUUCUGAACUAUCUCGAUAUUUUUGUAUGUAUUGAGUCAUAUUUUUGUCCUUUAUAUAUGAUCCUUGUGAAUAAAGAAAUUUAGUAUUCUUA